GAAGAGGUAGACCCAAAGAAAAUGUUAUGCAUGUGCCACGUGGACUUGGGGGGGAAGGGUGUUUCAGCUUUCAGGCGGGUGAGACGCGAUCAAAAAAUAAACCCCUCUAACGCUGUUGCUCCUGAUCCUCCUUCUUUGGAACCAAUCAGUCUCUCAGCAGUGUCGCUCAUCAUCUGGCUCUUCUGGGGAACCACCUCGUUUUGGACUUUGUGCCUGCUUUCUCCCCCUCAAUGACGACAUCUGCGAAUACUUGACGUCUUCUCGCAUCAGCUUAAAUAUCCGGGUCAUACCUUCGCCGCUCAGUCGUAUCUUCCGCCCCGCUGACAUCACGGUGCGGCACAACAUUCCAGCAUCAACAAUGGCUUCCACGAGCUCGAAUGCUCAGGCUGAUCCCGAAGAAUUCUAUGUCCGACAGAAUCGCAUCGGCAAGGGAAGCUUUGGAGAGGUCUACAAAGGAUACGAUAAGAGAACAUCCAUACCAGUGGCUAUCAAGAUCAUAGACCUAGAGAGCGCAGAGGAUGAGAUUGACGACAUCCAGCAAGAGAUCCAGAUUCUCGGCCAGCUGGAUAGCGAGUUCGUCACAAGAUACCAUGGAUCGUAUCUCAAAGGCUCCAAAUUGUGGAUCAUUAUGGAGUAUUGCUCUGGUGGAUCAUGCUCCGAUUUGAUGAAGGCUGGUGUGUUUCGGGAGGAGUACAUCGCGAUUCUAGUCCGCGAACUCUUGCGAGGCUUGGACUACUUACAUGGUGAAGGCAAACUUCACCGUGAUAUCAAAGCCGCCAACAUCCUCCUAACGGGUAACGGCGAAGUCAAAUUGGCAGACUUUGGCGUGUCUGGCCAGUUGACGGCUACAAUGACGAAAAAAAACACGUUUGUCGGAACCCCCUACUGGAUGUCACCCGAAGUCAUAAAGCAAUCCGGAUACGAUCACAAGGCGGAUAUCUGGAGUCUAGGCAUCACUGCUAUUGAGCUUGCUAUGGGGGAGCCUCCAUAUGCCGAUUUACAUCCCAUGAAGGUACUCUUUCUCAUCCCCAAAAACCCUCCUCCUCAGCUCGAUGAGAGCAGAUUCUCCAGAACUUUCCGAGAUUUUGUGUCACUUUGUCUGCAACGAGAUCCGCGAAUGCGCCCAACGGCCAAGGAACUCCUGCGGCAUAAAUUUAUCAAGACAGCUAGAAAGGCAUCCUACCUCACAGAGCUCAUAGAGAGAAGCGAAAAGUGGAAGGCCGAAGGCGGAGCCAAGGCCGCUGAUGAUGGCCACAAGAAUGGGACAAUGCUGGGGUACGUAGACAGUGGAAGUACUGGAGUUUGACGUCUCAGACCCGCACAUGGACCUGUGGGAGAUGCCUUGUGGGACUUCGGAACCGUCCGCAAUGCUUUGCCGCCUACUGGGACAAUCUCUCGCGCCUCUACCUCGCGUCCUCUCCCACAGCCUACGACGAAUCA